CUUUUGAAUACUGUAUUUGCAACAAUACCGUCAUAAAAAGUAGAAACUUAGCAAAAAGAAAGCGAGGAGAAGUCGAAGAUGGACGACGACCAAGGAAGUAGCGGGAGCAACGGCGGUCACUUGGAGACGGGAAGAGCUGACAGAUCGGUGUGGCUUAUGAAGUGCCCGCCGGUAGUGGCGAGGUCGUUUCAGAGUCAUGCUUCUUCCUCGGAUACUCAUCCGGUGGCUAAAGUCGUUCUUUCUCUCGAUCCACUCCGAUCUGACGAUCCCUCUUCUCUUCAGGUACUCCUAAUCUGGCUUCAGCUUACCUUGAAUUUGUUACCUUUGUUAAAUUCCUGAUCCGCAAACGCUUUAUUUCGAAUUUGUUUGAAUCUUGUUUGGAUUCUAGUAUCAUAAUAGAAAACCCUAGCUUAUUGAGAGUGGAGUAUUGUUGCUUAAAAGCUAAUGGUGAUCUUGAGUUUUCAAUUUGAACAUUCGUGAAGAAUGUUCAGGAAUCAUAGGUACAAAGGAUUCAAUUUACGCUUGAAGACUCCAUGUAGAAUGAAUAUAGUUUCGAUGUCGUCUUUGCCUUAUAAUUAUUGUAUUAUAUUUGUUAGAUUUCUCUCUUUAUGAUAUAAAGAUGCCUAAUUGAAGACUUAAGUUGACUGAAGGUACAUCAGACAGGAAUCUUUUUCAGGGGAAGAAUAUCACAUAAUUUGUUUACAAUUGGUGACGCCUCUGUUGUUAUUCUUUCUGGGAAGACUUCUUUUAUUGUGUCCUCUUUUCUUACACAUUUAUUCAUUGAUUGGCAGUUUACAAUGGAAAUGGCUGCUACUGAGACAUCAC